AUUUAAUCAUGGAUCCACGUACCAGUGCCCAGGACGUGAUGCGAUGUGACCUGUGUGAGACCGUUGUGGUACAGAUGCACUGUGAUACAUGUCUUGUCAACCUGUGUAAGGCCUGUGUGGGAGAACACAUCUCAACAGAUGAAUUCAAGGACCACAAGGUCGUCAAAUUUCAGGCCAGGAAAUCUUCCCCCCUCUACCCUGGAUGUACAACUCAUAGCAAGGAGCGAUGUGAAAUGUACUGUAAUCAAUGUGACAUUCCUGUAUGCAACUCCUGUAUUGCAUCUGAUCAACAUCUAGGUCAUAAAUUUUUGAAAAUUCUACAAGUUUUAGAUGAAAGAAGAAACAAAAUUAUGAAAGAUGUAACUGAAUUAAAUGAAAUAAUUUAUCCAACCUACCAGGACAUUGCCUCUAAUGUACAAAACAGAAUGAGUCAGCUAGAAAAGGAAUAUGGAGAUCUCUCAAUGGCCAUAACAAAACAUGGAGAGGACUGGCACAGAGAAAUUGACAAACUUGUCAAGAAACUUAAAGCUGAAGUUGAUGAGAUGAAGAACACACAGUUACAAACUCUACAGAAACAUCUGGAUGAAAUAAACAAGAACAUUUCUGACAUCAAGGAUGAAAUCAAUUCAGUUGACAUGGCUUUAGACACUAAUGACUUGUCAAAACUAUUUAGCGUCACAUCCAGUGUACAUAUAUACAGAAAUCUUCCAAACAAAAUUAUGCUAUCUUUACCCAAAUUCAUGCCGGGAAAAAUCCAAGGAAAAGAACUAAGAAAACUGUUCGGAGCCUUAUCAUCCAGUUCUCUAACAUCAGAUAAACAUGGUUACAGCAUGAAGACAACACAGAAAUCACCAGAAGCUGGAUCCUCUCUUCUAGUCAAACAGCUGCUUGAUGAACCAGAGACUGUCACCACCAUAGCCACUGGGUAUGGAAGCCUUUACAAUGUGGCCUGUCUGACUGAUGAAGAAAUCUGGACAAGAGGAAAUGGCAGCACCAUGAAACUCUACAGCAUCAAUCAGGGAUCAUUACUCAAGUCAAUCAGAACCAAGUCAGGGAACUCACCAUGUGACAUAGCAGUGACAAAAAGUGGAGAUCUAGUUUAUACUGAUUACUUAGAUAGAACUGUGAACAUUGUGAAGAAUGAGAAGAUAGAGGAGGUGAUCAGACUACAGAACUGGAGACCUGAAGGUAUCUGUUGUACCUCCUCUGGUGACCUCCUGGUUAUCAUGUACAGUGAUGAUAACACACAAACAAAAGUUGUCCGUUACUCUGGCUCCACAGAAAAACAAACCAUUCAGUUUGAUGAUAAAGGUAAACCUCUCUAUUCUGCCUUUGAUUACAAAUACAUAACAGAGAACAGGAACCUGGAUAUCUGUGUGUCUGACUUAGGAGAUGAAGCAGUAGUGGUGGUCAAUCAGGCCGGGAAACUGAGAUUCAGGUACACUGGACAUACUCCUGCUCCAAAGAACAAACCAUUUGAUCCACGAGGAAUUACCUCAAACAGUCAGAGUCACAUCCUUACAGCUGAUUAUGACAAUGAAUGUGUCCACAUCAUAGACCAGGAUGGACAGUUCCUCCAUUACAUAGACAGUGGACUGAGUGGACCCCACGGUCUGUGUACAGAUACAAAUGACAAUCUAUUUGUUGCUCAACGUGGAAAGAGACAAGUGAAGAAAAUCAAAUAUCUAAAGUAAUAUGCAU